AUGUAUUCAUGGAAGCUGUCAAAAUUCAAGUUUGGAAAAUCCAAAGAAGAAAAAGAAACAAAAGAAACAAGACAUAGUGGGUUUUUCCAUUCCUCCAAGAAAGAUGAACCACAGAGUAGCCAAGAAACCAUUGGUGAGCAUGAUAACUCAGUCACUCGUUCGUCUUUAGACAGAAAAGGCACGAUAAAUCCGUCUAAUUCAUCAGUAGUUCCCGUACGUGUGUCAUACGAUGCAUCUUCAUCGAUCUCUACUGUGCGAGAUUCAAACGGUGAGAACUCAGAAAACACAAAUUCAUCUCAAAAUCUAGACGAAACAGCAAAUAUUGGUUCCACAGGAACUCCCAACAAUGCCACUUCAAGCUCGGGAAUGAUGACCAUUAAAGUCUAUAAUGGUGAUGAUUUUAUCUUACCUUUCCCUAUAACUUCAAAUGAGCAAAUAUUGAACAAGCUACUGGCCUCUGGUGUUCCUCCACCACAUAAGGAAAUUUCUAAAGAAGUAGAUGCGUUGGUCGCGCAGCUGUCUCGUGUUCAACUGAAAAACCAAGGUCCAGCAGAUGAGGAUUUGAUUUCGAGUGAGUCAGCGGCAAAGUUUAUUCCGUCGACUAUCAUGUUACCAGGCUCUUCGACUCUAAACCCAUUACUUUACUUUACUAUUGAAUUUGAUAAUACAGUUGCCACUAUCGAAGCAGAAUAUGGUACCAUUGCUAAGCCUGGUUUCAACAAGAUAUCUACAUUUGAUGUGACAAGAAAGUUACCAUACUUAAAGAUUGAUGUAUUUGCAAGGAUUCCCUCAAUUCUCUUGCCAUCGAAGUCGUGGCAACAGGAAAUGGGUUUACAAGACGAGAAACUACAAGUUAUACUGGACAAAAUAAAUUCCAACCAAGAUAUACAUUUGGAUUCUUUCCAUUUGCCCAUAAACUUAGGUUUCGAUUCUGCAGCCAGUAUUAGACUAUAUAACCACCACUGGAUUACAUUAGAAAAUGGAUUAGGCAAGAUAAACAUCAGUAUUGAUUACAAGCCCUCGAGAAACAAGCCCUUGUCAAUCGACGAUUUCGAUCUUUUGAAGGUCAUCGGUAAGGGUUCAUUCGGUAAAGUCAUGCAAGUGAGAAAGAAAGACACGCAAAAGGUUUACGCUCUGAAAGCAAUCAGAAAAUCAUACAUCGUGUCUAAAUCUGAAGUUACGCACACUUUGGCGGAAAGAACAGUAUUAGCACGUGUAGAUUGUCCAUUUAUUGUGCCUUUGAAAUUUUCUUUCCAAUCGCCUGAAAAACUGUAUUUCGUUUUAGCCUUUAUCAAUGGUGGUGAAUUGUUUUACCACUUACAAAAGGAAGGUAGGUUUGAUUUAUCCCGUGCUAGAUUUUACACCGCAGAACUGUUAUGUGCAUUAGAUAACUUGCACAAAUUAGACGUUAUUUAUCGUGAUUUGAAGCCAGAAAAUAUAUUGUUAGAUUAUCAAGGGCAUAUUGCACUUUGUGACUUUGGGCUGUGCAAAUUGAACAUGAAGGACGAUGACAAAACGGACACUUUCUGUGGGACUCCAGAAUAUUUGGCGCCGGAGCUACUAUUAGGUUUAGGCUAUUCAAAGGCGGUAGAUUGGUGGACGCUAGGUGUCUUGUUAUAUGAGAUGCUGACCGGUCUUCCACCUUAUUAUGACGAGGAUGUUCCAAAAAUGUAUAAAAAAAUCUUACAGGAGCCCCUGGUUUUCCCAGAUGGAUUUGAUAGAGAGGCAAAGGAUCUAUUGAUUAGUUUAUUAAGCCGUGAUCCGACGAGGAGAUUGGGAUAUAAUGGUGCCGACGAAAUCAGAAACCAUCCCUUUUUCAGCCAAUUGUCUUGGAAACGUUUAUUGAUGAAGGGUUACAUUCCGCCAUACAAGCCAGCUGUUAGUAAUGCUAUGGAUACUAGUAAUUUUGAUGAAGAAUUUACCAGAGAAAAGCCAAUCGAUAGUGUAGUUGAUGAAUAUUUAAGUGAGAGUGUUCAAAAGCAAUUCGGCGGCUGGACAUACGUCGGAAAUGAACAGCUCGGCAGCUCAAUGGUGCAAGGUAGAAGCAUUCACUAG